AUGUGCGGCAUAUUGGCCGUCAUCCUGGCCUCUCCGGCAGCGGACGCCGCACCAGAGAUCCACCAGGCGCUAUACUAUCUCCAACACCGCGGCCAAGAUGCUUGCGGGAUUGCCACUUGUUCAGGAGGUGGCAAAAUCUCUCAGUGCAAGGGCAACGGACUGGCGUCGAAGGUCUUCCACGAUGGCCGCAGAGUCGCGGAUCUACCUGGCUACAUGGGCCUUGGGCAUCUCAGAUAUCCCACCGCCGGAAGCAGCGCCAACGCGGAAGCCCAGCCAUUCUACGUCAAUUCACCAUACGGAAUCUGCUUCACCCACAACGGUAACCUGAUCAACGCGCCAGCCCUCAAGAAGUAUCUCGAUCAAGAAGCACAUCGACACAUCAACACCGAGUCCGACAGCGAGCUGAUGUUGAACAUCUUUGCUGAUGAGCUCAACGAGACUGGUAAAGCACGUGUGAAUGCCUCAGACUGCUUCACCGCUCUUGAAAGGAUGUACAAGCGAUGCGAAGGUGGCUGGGCAUGCACUGCUAUGCUUGCUGGCUUUGGAUUGAUCGGUUUCAGGGACAGCUACGGCAUCCGGCCGAUGGUGCUCGGCGAGCGUCCGUCUGCUGAAGUCCCUGGAAGCAUGGACUACAUGAUGGCCUCAGAGUCGGUCGCGCUCAGUCAAAACGGCUACGGCAACAUUCGAGACAUCCUUCCGGGCCAAGCAGUCAUCAUUGAGCGCGGCCGCGAGCCUGUCUUCCACCAAGUCGCACCCCAACAGGCGUAUGCACCGGACAUCUUCGAGUAUGUGUACUUUGCUCGCCCUGAAAGUAUCAUCGACGGCAUCUCUGUCUACCGAUCCCGACAAUUAAUGGGCUAUCGCCUGGCCGAGACGAUCCAGAACCAACUCGGCCCAGAACAGCUCAAAGAGAUUGACGCCGUCAUCCCGAUUCCAGAAACAUCCCUCGUGUCUGCAUACGCAGUUUCGAAGCACCUCAAGAAGCCAUACUGCCAGGGCUUUGUCAAGAAUCGCUACAUUUUCCGCACUUUCAUCAUGCCCUCUCAGCAAGCGCGGCAGCGUGGAGUGCGCGCAAAGCUAAACGCCAUUCCGGUGGAGUUCCGGAACAAGAACGUGCUUUUGGUCGACGACAGCAUCGUGCGCGGGACCACUAGUCGUGAGAUCGUAAGCAUGGCGAAAGAGGCUGGAGCUAGAAAGGUCUAUUUCAGCAGCUGUGCACCUCCGAUCAAGAACGCCCACAUCUACGGCAUCGAUCUGGCUAGCCCCAGCGAGCUGGUAGCCCACGAGCGCGACAGCAACAAGAUUGCCGAGCACAUCGGGGCGGAUGCCGUCGUGUAUCAGAGUCUUGCCGACCUAGAAUCUGCUUGCGCCCAGGACAGUCCUCGCGACCCGGCGAAACAGCAGUUCGAAGUCGGUGUGUUCUGCGGAAAGUACGUCACGCCAGUGCCUGACGAGUACUUCGACCAUCUCGAGCGCAUCAGAGGCGAGACGAAGAAGCAGAAGGUCUUCGACAAUGCUCUCGAAGCUGUGAGACAAGGCACCGCCGGCCCACAGCAGGUCCAGAUGGCAGCCAACGGCGUGAACGUGACCAACACCGGUGAAAUUGUUGCUAGGGGCAACGGUUCAGACGAUGGCGCUCAGCAACCGAAUGGACAGAUGGACGAAAGGCAAAGCGGCAUGAACGGAAGUGCUGAUGGUGCCAAUGGGCGGGAGGAAAUGCACCGGGAAAGCCAGGACGUCGCCUUGUACAACCUCAACGAUCAGUAG